AUGGAGGUCGUCGUAAAUACCGCUAAAAGAAAGAAGCCUAAAGAAGGAGACGACAGCGACGCAAAGAAACCAUUCGUUGCUAGAUCUGCUAUUGAUGUUCAGAAGCGCCAACUUGAAAAGCUUAUGAAAGACCCAGACAAACUAAUCGAGCUUCCAAAGUCAAGGAAAGAAUGGAAGCCCAGAGACGCACCAGAAUUUGUUCGUCAUGUUAUGGGGUCAAGUGCUGGUGCUGGUAGUGGUGAGUUUCAUGUAUACCGUGGACUACGCGAAAGAGAAACCAAGAGAAAUGAAUGGCUAGAUGCUCAAGCAGCCAAAAGAAAAGCUGAAGAGCAAUACCAUCAGAAAAUUGAUAAGAACAAGCAAGAAGCUGAACAAAAAACAGCCAAAUUAAGAGCAAAAAGGCAAAAGAAAAAACAAAGAAGAGCUGUGAAGAAGAAAGAGACCAAUACAGACAAAGAUGAAAAACAAAGCGAAUGUAAGGAUGAAUCAGAAGAGGAGGAUGAAGGUGAAACAGAGGAAAAACAUUUUGUUAUUGGAGGGAGGUGAUGCCUAGGCUUGUGUAUGUGUGUUUAAAUGGCUGGAGGAAUCACCCAUACAAUUCAUCAUAGGUUUGCUCAUGCAGCAAGCUUGGUCACGUGUAUUACUUUGCAUUGCUUCCACUCUAAGAGAUAUCACGGAUGCUUGUUUAGCGAGAUUAUCUGUGCAGUAUUUUCCAAGGGAUUUGAAAUAUGGAAAGCCUUAACGAAAUACAGACAUAAUUACCUGCAUUGUUAACCUUGUCAGUAAACAUGGCGAAGUUGGGUGCAGCUGCUCGAUAAGCGGUUUCCUCCCAUUUGUUAUGUACUUUGGACGCGAAAAGAGUAUCAGACAUUUGUUUAACGCGUCGCCAUCACGUAUCUGUAAACACAACUUCACGCUGGCGAAAUUUGUAACACCCGUGAAACGUUGUAUAAGAUGUUAUUGUUGUUAUUUUGAAAAGAACUAGAAAUUUUAAUGUCA